CUAACCCAAAACCCUUAUUUCAGGGAGAAAAAACACAGCACCUUUAUCCAAAAAAAGUUUCUAAACUGCACUGGACGGAGCUCCGGUCCCACAAAUGUGGCGGCGAAACAGAUUUCAGGAAAAUUCGGAUUCUGAUCAGAGCAUUUCCGGUAAUUGUUAUCAAUAUUUUUUUUCUCUAUAUAUUGAGGAUCAAUAGAUUGGUUUGUGAUCCAUUAUUCGGCAGACGAGGAGGAUUUCAUCGAUGAUUUUCGAGAAAAUUGUGUUUCCUUAGGAAAAGAGAAAGAGAAAGAGGAAGGAUUACAGCUUCAAUCAAGACUGGAAACACUUAAAGGAACUUUCGAGCUGUUAUCUUGAAGAGGAUGUUGAAGUGCCUGACUCCCCCGAUGAGGGUGACUGCUUCUUCUCAAGGAAGAGAGUUACACGCGUUUCCAAUGAGGAACUUAUCUCUGAUGGCGAGGAGAAGGUUAUGCGCUCAAAAUUUUCCACUGCUUCUGGUGCUAAAAGAUCUGAUAAUAGCUAUGGAAUUGGGGGCCAAGAUGGGGGAAAUGUGUGGUCUAUUGUAACUAAAGAAGCUGAGUCACUGAUCCAUUGGGACAAAAAUGUUUCAGGUUUUUUGUCUCCUGCUAUUUGCUCCAAAGCAGAUAAAUCUUGUGCCAAAAGCAAAAUGAGGCCUAGAUUUUCUUUCGGCUCCCAACCACAUAAAGGAAUUUCAUUCCCUGCUCUUUCAGGUAAUGAUAAUGAUGUGUCAACUAAGGCUGAUGAAGUGCCUGGAAAAUUGAAGGCCAGUGAUCAUGGAUCUGUAGAUCAUUCAACACCUGAGCUUGUUGAAGAUAUCCAUGGAAAAGAGGAAAAGCAGUUAGAGAUUAUUCCUCCUGAUGUAGAAGUUUCCGGUUAUGGAUUUAUUGAGCAUUCAAUGGCUGAGCUUUUAGAUGAGCUUCAGGAUGAUACCGGUCUGCUAAGAGGGAAUUCUAAAAUGCGUUGCAGAGCUAGAGGAAAAAAGAUACAAGCUGCUCUCAAAAGAAGUAUAUGUUCACUGGGUGAUAGAAGCAUAGAAAGUGAAGACCUCCAUGAGCCGUUCAGUGGUGGAUCAUCAAGCAAUGACCAGGAUGAUUACCAAAAUCUAGAACUUGCUAUUCCUGAGAUGAAGAAGCCAACUAUUUCAGAUAAGUUUCAGGAAGCCUUAGGUGCCACCUCCUUGAGUGAUGAAGGGGCCUUUUUUGCUAGACCCAGAGCGUUCAGCACUGGACUAUUUGGGAAGUUGCAGCAGGUCAUGCAGAGUGAAAAGGAGACAGAUACACUUUUUCUGAAGAAAUUGCAGGAUGGAGCUAGCCUAAAAAAUGAACCAAGCUGCAUCACUGUGAAAAUUGUGUCAAGAUAUUUGGAUGCAAAGCUGACGAUCUGUCAUUGCUCUUUUGUCAAGAUCAUAGAGGGUUUUUGGCAGCCAGAGAGCCCCAAAAUAUUGGAAAAUGAAGGACUAAAAGGAACUGUUAUUUUCAAUCAACGAAUAUGCAGCAAUGUUGACCUUGAAAUUGGAAAUUUGAUUUGCAUUCACCCCCCAUGGAAGGAAGUUGAUAUCAUGGGUCAAGGUGAGAACAUUAUUUUAUCUACAUAUUUCUCCGAAAUAGCUAGUUUGGGCUUGUCCGGGGGGAAAUGAAUGUUGACUUCAUUCUUUGGCGUCUUGGACAAGGCCACAUGAUCGCUAGAAAUGAUCAAAGAGCCAUGUAAAAAGUCCUGUUUCAUCUGAAUAUUGAUUUGUUAAUUUCAUUAGGUUGUAACUUGUAACUUUCUUCUUUUUGUAACAUGCACCAGGAAGUUCUGGUAGGACAUUAUAGAAAUCAUAGUGCUAAACGGAAGUUUCUUGUUAACUAAUUUUAGUUCCUAAAAUCAAAUUCUCAUUUUCCCUA